AUGGACGAAGACUUGGUUUUGGCCAUGCAACUGCAGGAAGAGUGGGACUUGCAGGCCGCGCGGCACGACCGCGCCCAGGAACCCCUGUCGCUGGUGGACGCUUCCUGGGAGCUGGUGGAUCCCACCCCUGACCUGCAGGGCCUGUUCGUGCAGUUCAACGACCGGUUCUUCUGGGGCCAACUGGAGGCUGUGGAGGUUAAAUGGAGCAUGCGCAUGACCCUGUGUGCUGGGAUUUGCAGCUAUGAAGGGAGGGGUGGAAUGUGUUCCAUCCGACUCAGUGAACCCCUUUUAAAGUUGAGACCAAGAAAGGAUCUUGUAGAGGUGUACCAUACCUUUCACGAUGAGGUGGAUGAGUAUCGUCGACACUGGUGGCGCUGCAAUGACCCCUGUCAGUACAAAAAACCUUAUUACGGCUACGUAAAGCGUGCUACUAACAGGGCCCCUUCUGCGCAUGAUUACUGGUGGGCCGAGCACCAGGGAACUUGUGGAGGCACUUACAUAAAAAUCAAGGAGCCAGAGAACUACUCAAAAAAAGGCAAAGGAAAGACAAAACUUGGAGAGCGCCCAGUAUCAGCAGCAGAGAAUGAAGAUAAACCAAGCAAAGGUGAGACAAAGCUGCUAAUUCCUUUUACUGGGAAAGGAUAUGUUCUAGGAGAAACAAGCAAUUCACUUUCGUCUGGGAAAUUCAUCACCUCACGUGCCAUUAAUAAAACACAAGAUCGUUUAAGUCAAGACCAUUCAGCAAGUGCUGCAAGACCAAACUCUAAAAUUGAGGUGAAAUUUGAACAAAAUGGUUCACGUAAAAAACCUCUUGUAUCCACUGAUAAUCAUCAAAAUGUUUUAAGCAACUACUUUCCUAGAGCAUCAGUUGCCAACCAGAAGGCUUUUAGAAGUGUGAAUGGAUCUCCAGCGAAAAGUUUAACAGUGGUCGACCUCCCUAAAAACUCUUCUGGUUCUCAGAGAAGGGUUACAUCUUCUAGGAUAUCCCUAAGAAAUUCUUUAAAAGCAAUGGAUUCAACAUCCCUCAGUGCAUCCCGGGAUGUUAGUGGGUCUGAUGACAAAGUUCCAAAUAAACGCCCCAGGCUGGAAGACAAGACUGUUUUUGACAGUUUUUUUAUUAAGAAAGAGCGAAUACAAAGUGAUGGUGGAGAUCCGAAGUAUAAGUCACACCCGACAACUUCAGCUCAGGAUCCUAGCAGCUCAUCCAGUCAGAACAACAUGGUUCAUUGUCCUGUUUGUCAGAAGGAAGUUUUGGAAUCUCAAAUUAAUGAGCACUUGGACUGGUGCCUUGAAGGUGAUAGCAUUAAAAUCAAGAGCUGA